AACGAGUGUCGAUCGAUACGACCAACUGCAAACCCGCCUUGCACACCAUCCGCCCACGCAUCGUGUGAAUCUCUCGCCGCAGCCCCCGUCCACUGCAGCAGCAACUGCAGGCGCAUCGACUCUGACCUGCGCCGCCACCGCCCGCCCACUGCGCCCGCGCAUUGUGUGAAUCCCUCGCCGUCACCCCCUCCGCACGCCGUCAACAAACAUGUCUGGCAAGACUAGCGGCGCACAACCGUCCGGCAGCGGCGAUGCGCGAAGUCGACAGCACCACGACGGCAGCUCGGGCCGGGCCUUUACCGUCGAGCAGAAGGCGGCCGUGAUGCGGAUCAAGCGAUGUGGCCCGACGGCCUACUACGAGGUGCUGGGGCUGGAGGAUGUAAAGGCCACAUGCUCGGACAGCGACAUCAAGAAGGCGUACCGCAAGCUGUCGCUGCUGACACAUCCGGAUAAGAACGGCUACGACGGCGCCGACGAGGCCUUCAAGCUGGUUGCCAAGGCCUUCCAGGUGCUGUCGGACCCGGACAAGAAGAAGAAGUACGACUCGUUUGGCGGCGACCCCGAUGCGCGCUUCAACCCAAACACUGCGGGCGCGGGCGGCGCUGGUCCGUUCAGCGGCUUUGCGCGGGGCGGCGGCGGUGGCGGCGGGAGACCGGGGUUCCAGGAGGAGAUGACGCCGGAAGAGCUGUUCAGGCAGUUCUUUGGCGGCGGCUUUGGGGGUCCUUUUGGCGGCUUCGACACAGGCCCCGGCUUUGUCUUCAACCUCGGCGGCGGCCCCGGCGUGCGCGUGCACCAGUUUGGCGGCGCUCGACCGCGCAGGAGACCCGGCACCGCACAGCCCGCCGGCUCCGAGCCCGCCCCCAGCUUCGGCAGCGCCAUCUCCAACCUCCUCCCGCUGCUCUUCCUCUUCAUCCUCCCGUUGCUGUCGUCCCUCUUCUCCGGCUCGUCCACGCCCUCGGGCCCCUCGCUCGUCUUCGAGCAGCCGCGCAAACCAAACACAUACGAGCGCGUGUCGACGCGCCUCAAAGUCCACUACUACGUCAACCCCACAGAAGUGCACGACUACAACCCCAAGAAGUGGCGGAAACUCGACGACCAGGCUGAGAACCAGUACGUGCAUGCUGUCAAUACGCGCUGUCAGAACGAAAAGUUCCACCAGAGCAGGAUGAUGCAGGAUGCUCAGGGCUGGUUCUUUGUCGACGAGGAGGCCAUGGAGCGUGCGAGGCAUCUCGACAUGAAGAAUUGCAAUAAGUUACGGCAGAUGGGUCUUACGGUUUGAGGUGGAUAUGAUGAAUAGGGCUUGCGGCUAAUUAGAAGUGGUGGUUUGUGUAUGGAGAUAUCAUGUCAUGCAAGGCGCAAGAGGCGUUUUGAUACGUUUGUAUGUCUAUACGAGGUACUUGGACGCAACCGUCCGUUUUUUCCCCCAAUGAACUUGUUACUUCUCUUCUCUUCUUGGAUUCGCGUCGUUUGGUAGAGAUAUAUCCUCGCUAAUCAAUCAAUGUACAUAUCUGGUCCCGAAACACAUCAUACAGUCCCCCCAACUCCAAGCCAUGCAAACACACCCAUAUCG